GCACGAAUGUCGCGCGUUCGUGAGACAAUUGUUGUUAGGUGAUCGAUGACUGCGUAAGACGCGUUUAGUUCGCCACACACUCUCUUAUCUCCGACGAAAGUAGCCUUCUAUACCAGUGCGUAUAAAGGUUGCUUCUGAACGAGGCGAACGAUCGUACGAUCCAUCCAUCCAGCCAGCUUUUGGGCGCUUCUACAAGAUUUUUUCGCUUCCGCGAAUACCGCAUAACCUGUAACAACGUUCGAUUUCGAUAGAACGAUGAAGCUGUAUUGCGUCUUUCUCGUCGCCCUGGCCUGCGUCAGCGGUGUAUUCGGGGACGGCCUCAAGUGUACACUUAAACCUACCGAAAUACCAACAUCAUGGAUAGAUAUGGUUGAUCCAUGCAUAAAAGCUAUGGAGUCUCAAGUCAAAAUUGAAAUCGAAGCUUCCAUGAAAUAUUUAGCAAUGGGCGCUCAUUUUACACGUGAUACUAUAAAUCGUCCAGGUUUCAGCAAGUACUUUUUUGAAAGCGCAGGCGAAGAGAGGGAGCAUGCGAUAAAGGUCAUCGAAUAUUUGCUAAUGCGUGGCCAACUUACAAAUGAUGUUAGCAAACUUCUCAAGUUUCCUUUGAAUAGCAACACUACAAUACGCCAAGAGUGGAACAGCGGAGAAGAAGCUCUCAAUGAUGCUUUGAAAUUGGAAGCUCAAGUAACUAGAAGCAUUCGCGACAUAAUCAUUACUUGCGAAACUCCUGCAAUGACAGCUCCUUUCAACGAUUAUCACUUGGUAGACUACCUCAUUACUGAUUUCUUAGAAGAACAAUACAAGGGACAACGCGAACUCGCUGGCAAAAUCUCAACUCUGGGUAAAAUGAUGCAAACAUAUGGACAGUUGGGAGAAUUCUUAUUUGAUAAAAAAUUGUUACAUGGCGAAGUCUAAGUUUUGGUGAUGUUUAAUAUAUGUUUAGCUCGGAAUACUUUUUUCUAUAAAUAGAUGUUUAUAAAAAGUCGCGAUGUGUGUGGCCAUAUUUAGAAUAUUAAUAUUUGCUAUUAAUAAAUUCUCUUUCUCUCUCA